GACCUCCUCCGCCUCCUCAGAUUGUCUCUCCCAGUGAGCUGCACUGCGAUAAAUAAGUUGCUGAACUACGGUUGGGGCACUUUGCUAACUGUAUUAAUAUUGUAAAUAUAUAUUUUCAUCUUCAGAUAUCUGGAGAGAAAAGUCAGCAGGACUGUUUGUGUGGAAGGCCAGCUGAUCCAGGGAGAGAGGUUUAUCCUCCUGCCGGCUUCCUGAUGGAGUCAUACCAACUGACUGGUAUUCCCAAUAGUGGGCCGCAGCAGGGCUACACACAAACGUCUCGCACUACCCGUCUCCAGAGUAAUGUCGGUGGUACAUAUGGUCUCAGCAUCCGAGUCCAGGGUAUUGAUGGACACCCAUAUGUUGUUCUGAACAAUCAGGACAUUGACCCUAAUAGUAAUGGCUACAUUGACACAGAUGGCUCUUUUAUUGACAACUACCAAGAGUAUGAUUUCCGAGGAGACAAAGAGGGUGGACCCAAGAGUCCCUUUAGGGAGUACGGGUCUCAGAAGAUGAUGCAGAAUGUCUCUUCAGAGUCACAAGCAAGGAGAGCACAAAACCUUCUGAACUUCCAGAGGCAUCCUGAGAUACUGCAGCCGUAUGACCCAGAGACUAACUCUCUAAACUUCCGCAGUCUACCUUCGAGGCCCAUGUCUAUGGCUGAUACUGGAACUCAGUCUUCAUCUACUGUACCUGUGCCGUCCCACACAAGACUUUCUAGCCUGGACCAGAACAAAGAUCCAACACAAUCGAACAAAAGACAAAGUCCGUCUCCGACCCUGACUGAUGCUUCAUGCCAAAAACCCAAAUCCCCUCCUCAGUCUUUGUUCUCAACCCAGAAGAACAAGUCACAGGCACAAGUGGCUCAGCCGCAGUCCAAAGUUUGUCUCAGCAACCAGAGUCCACCUCCGUCCAAGCCAACACCUAAAGGUAAUCCGCAACCGUCCUCUUCGUCCAGUGCCACGAGUGAGCGGAACAAAAGAUCAUCCAGAUCUCCCACUUCAGUGAGUAGCACAAACUCCAGCCUGGAACGCAAACGCCGCGAGCCAGAUGUCCUUCCACUAAGAAGGUCUGACUCCAGCGGACCUGUACUUUUGUCAACUUCUCGCUCUCGCCACUCCUCGUCAUCCUCCACCUGUAAGCACCAAGUGGAUGACCAAAUGGAGGCGCUGUACGCUGAUACUAUCAACCGCCACGAAAAUCGGCGCUACAUUCCUUUUAUCCCGGGGUCGGGAAGAGACAUUGACACAGGAUCCAUCCCAGGUGUUGAUGAGUUGAUUGAGAAGUUUGACAGCAAAGAUGGCAGCCACCAUCGGCGGGGACGGGCCGGACGAAGAAACAGAAUCAAUCCAGAGGACAGGAAGCGCUCUCACAGUGUGGAUAGUGCUCUUGGACGUCCGUUGGAUGAUUCCAGCCACCGUCGGGGCACAUCCAUAGAACCCGUCCUGCGACCCUCACAGCUGCGGCUGCAGAGGACAGCAGGGAAUCAGGACCCCUGGUACAUGGUCAACUCCACGCCACAGUCUCGUGCCACCAGUGCACCCGGUUCUCCCCAGACCACCAUGUCUACCGGUGUAGGGUUCAUCCAGGGAUACAAAAAAACCCAGGGCCCUUUUACUGUUGUGACGCUCAAGAAUAAAGACAAAGUGGGCAGUGUGUCUCCAGCAAGCAAACUGUUUUUAUCAAAGUCUGCUGGUGACAAAAAUGCCAGUUCAGACACUGAUGUACAGGCAACACCGGAUCUCCUGAAAGGUCAGCAAGAGCUUUCACAACAAACACAUGAAGAGACAGCAAAGCAGAUUUUGUUUAAUUACCUAAAGGACGGUAGCAAGGAUAAUGAUGAAACGACCAAGAGAAAGGUCAACCUUGUCUUUGAAAAGAUUCAGACCUUGAAGUCACGAGCCACUGCAGCCACUCAAGAUGACAAAUCCUUGGGUCUAUCUGCACAAACCAAAGCCCUGCAGGAGCAGAACGCUGCACUGGAGAAAAAAAUGUCCCAAUUGAAACAACAACUCGAGAAACAAAGCACGACCUAUAAGGUGGACAGCAUGGCGACUGCAGGUGUGAAGGAGCUGCAGCUGGGAGUGGAUAAGACUACGACAGAGUGCAAACGCUUGAAGGAAAAACUGAUGAAAACAGAAGCUGAACUCCAGACCACACUUGAAGAAUUGUUCCAGGUGAAGAUGGAGAGGGAGCAAUACCAGACAGAGAUCAGAGACCUGCAAGACCAGCUGUCAGAGAUGCACGACGAGCUCGACUCGGCGAAAACAUCAGCUGCAGAUGGAGAGAAAGACGCCAUCAUAGGGGACAUAAUGCAACUGAAAGUGGAGUUGCAGGAUGUUCUGUUGGCCAAAGAGGAGCAAGAGGAGGUCCUAAGGAGGCGGGAGAGGGAACUGACUGCUCUCAAAGGAGCCCUUAAGGAGGAAGUGGCCAUUCAUGAUCAGGAGAUGGACAAGAUGAAGGACAAGUAUGAGAAGGAGAUGAGUCAACUACAGAACUCUUUCGAGGAGGCCAAGCAGAGCAGCACAACCGUUGUCCGAGAAAUGGCUGAAGUGGAAGCGGCCAAGGGUGCGCUGGAGGGCCAAGCAGGACGCCUGAAUCAAGAGGCAGAGCGGCUGCGCAAGCGGGCACAAGAGCUGGAAAACGAAGUGGCCAAACUCAAUUGCAUCAUCGACGAUGCCAAACUGCAGGAGAGCAAGCUCGGAGACCGAGUCACACGAUUGGAGAAAGAAAAGAAGCAGCUGGCAGAGUCUUUAAGUGAGAUUAAGGAGCAGGAAGAAGAGAUGUCUCGUGCCAACCGAGCUUUGACGUUACGGCUAGAAGAUGUGCAGAGGAAUUUGUCUAAGCUGAGCAUCGAAUACAAAGAGUUGGAGGUGAGGCUGCAGGAGGAAAAGGAUCAGAAGGAGCAGUUUAAAAGUAUGAAGAAUGACAUUGAGGACGAGAGGCGACUGCUGGACCUAACUGUGGAGAAACUUCAGAAAGAGAUGAAUGACAUUGUGGAUGCGUCCCAGUCGUCUACUCGAGAGCUGCAGGAGCAGAUUGAUAUUUAUAAGGAAAAGAACCGCCGGGAGCUGACAGAGCUGCAGAAAUUACUGAAAGAGCGAGGCCAAGAGCUUGACAAAUACCUGUUGGCUGGCCAAACUCUGCAGGAGGAGCUGUCCCACCGGCAGGAGGAGCUGCGGCAGUGUAAGCAGGAGCGAGAUGAUGCUACGCUGAGAGAAGAGCUGUUGGAGAAAAAGGUUCAUGAACUUGAGGUCUAUGUGCAGACCCACACCUUUGCCAAGGAGGACAAGACUCGACAAUUCAAACACAUGGAGGACAGAAUUGCUCAGUUAGAGUUGGACUUGGAUGAGGAGCGUCAGAAUGGAGACCAGCUGAUGGACAGGCUAGACCGAGGUCGAGAGCAGGUGGACCAGAUGAGGAAUGAACUCUUGCAGGAGCGGGCCAGCAGGCAGGACGCCGAGUGUGACAAGUUGGCUAUGGAGAGACAGAGCAAAGACCUGAAGAACAAACUGGCUGAUCUGGAGGGCUCCCAGAAGACGAACAAGGUGGGUCUGGUAGGCCAGCUGGAGGAUCGCAUUCAUGAGCUGGAGGAGCGGCUUGAGGGAGAGGAGAGGGAACGAGCCAACCUCCAACUAUCUAACCGCAGGCUGGAGAGGAAGGUGAAGGAUAUGGUGAUGCAAGUAGAGGAAGAACAUAACACCAUGCAAGAUCAAAAGAACCAAUUAAAUCUGCGUCUGAAGGCCCUAAAGAGACAGAUGGACGAGGCGGAGGAGGAAAUCGACAGACUGGAGCACAGCAAGAAGAAGCUGCAGAGAGACUUGGACGAGCAACAAGAAACCAACGAGCAGCUGCAGAGUCAACUCAAGUCUCUGCGCAGUGAGAUGAGGCGUAAGAGCACCUCCGCGCCUCUGCUUAACAAUAUGGACGACGAUGAUGAUGACGACAUCAGCACGGACGGUGAGACGUACUUCAGCUCCACGUCCAGCUACAAGCGCUCGUCAAGUCAGGACAACAUCUUGUCCACCUUCAGCUUGUAAAGUAAAAUAAUUUUGCAUCACUCUGGGAGCCCCGGUGUGACACCUUCCAUACGUGAGCUGUUUACGUCAAGCACAGCCCUCAUCUUAUUUACAGUGCGGACACAUCGUGUAGCCAUGACAUUUUUCAGUAUUAUUUGAGCAGCUUCCUAAGAGACAUGUGGUGUAAAUAUUGUUUUAGCCGGAUGGUCCACAUUCCCAGUGACGCGUGGUGAACUCGAAGAAUGCACUGCACAGUACUGCCUUCGGGAACAACAUGACGACAUUACUCACACACAUUUUUAUAUCUAGUGUUUUUUUGUUUUUUUUUAAUCGUCUCCCUAAAUGAAAUUUAUUUUUGAUGAAUGAAGAUCAAACCUGAAUAUAUGAAGCAAUUGUGCCAGGAUCUGUUUUUUUUUUAUUUAUUCAUGUUUAUACAAACAAAAUCCUUGCUUUGAUGAGGUUUUUUCGGAGCAAUAAAUGAGGGACUUUGUACACGCCCAUUUAAAACAAAUAUAUACUUUUCUAUAUCUACUGAAGUCUUUAUUUUGUUUAAGAAGUCAUACAGUGAUGCUUCAACAAACUGCCUUACAUCCAUGUACACAACAAACAUUCUCUAGGCGCAACAUCGAUUGCAGCUGGACUGAGGGGAUGGUGCCGUUUUAAAAUAACAGUUAUCCUCCCCACCCCCACACAAGAAUGGUUUCACUCAUUUGUGAUGCUAAACGACAGUUGUUAAGAUACAAUGGACAGAGAGAAGAGGAGAUGUUCUUAGUAUGGAAUCACCCUUGUUGGUAUUGAUUCAGUUGUAUUAAUGGCAAUAGACGUACCUGUCUACCAUCCUCUCUAAACACAGGAGGGCUUGGAUCUGCCACACUGCCUAUAUUGUACGGAGUAUGUACUGUACUGUGCAAUCUACUAAUAAAAGUUUCAAUCAAUCCACAUAUAGCACUGUUCUGACAUCUCUUCCUGAAAACAUGUUUUAAAAAUAGCCUUUAACAACACAACACACACAUUUUCUGCAGUUGACUACAUACCUCACAAUGCUAUCUUCCAAUUGUUUCCCCAUUUUUUUCUUCAAAACUUACGCAAAAUAUUAAUCGAUCCAACAAAAGAAAAUAGAGCAACUCCAGCCCUAUCCCAACUUGUCAAUACACAAGAUAGAAAUUUACGAAGCAAUUGAGAUGUACAAGUAACAAUACUUAAAAAAUGGAAAAUAUAUUUAUAAUAGUAGCAGUAUCAAUAAUAUUUAUAAUCGCCACUAUAUCUUAAUCAUUGUCGUUUUUGUGCCACAAAAGUGUGCGACCAUUCUUAGUUGGGUAGAGCCCCUACAUUUUUACAUUAGAAAUACUGGAUGGUGCACCAUCCCCUCAGAUUGGGGCUGGCCCAUCUGGUGGCGAAGAUGCACCGAUGAAAUGUCUUCCAAACAGUCCAGUGACAUAUCCAAUGGCCAGAGAGUACAGUGUUCUGAAUAAAUGGGAAUAUUCACAUACAGGUAUACACAACAAACAAAGUGUUCUUACCUUUAUUUUUGCUUUGUUUUGCUCCUAUUGCAUCUCACUUUUCCAGAUGGAAUGUGAUAAACUGACAAUCAAAGUGUCGCAUCACUGUAAUUAUUUGCACUCUCCUUCUUCUCCCUUUAAUGAACACGUAGGCUGCAGAGUGGAUUUAAAGCUAAUUCCUGCCACUACCUCUAUGUACACUUUGAAGUCUUUUAUACUGUAAAUCCUGCUGUGACUUCAAUAAAGUUACUUCUUGUCUUCAAA